AUGCGCAGCGAAAUGCUUUUCGGCAAUCCAGAAGCAUUCUUCGCGGUGGUGGUUGAGCCGGAUCAGAUUGGCGCGGUCAAGGUCCGGGUUUGUAUUGCGCCAACGGUGGCAAAUCUCGCAUCGCUAACACCUGUGAUUCGUUCAUCUAUUGCCCCAAGGAGCGGGAAAAAACUUCCAGCCAGCCGCGGACGUCUUUUCCGCGGGAGCCUAGGCCUUCAGAAAGCCACAGUGGGUACGCACUCUCCAUGGAAGUGGGGAUUUGCUGGUCUGCGGGCUGGCGUUGCAGGUCGCGGUGGCAAAUAUCCCAAGGACCCAAAGGAGGGGGCACCCGAACGAUUCCCACCGAAUACUCGGGGCCUCCGCAUCAACGUAGAUGAUAUUCUUCAGGAAUCGCUGCUGGCUGCUGGCUAA